AUGCAGCUGAAGAAGAAGGCUCGGCGGCGAGCUCCAGGCGCCAAAGUGCGCCGCUUGCGUCAGCCGCGGCCCGGACGCGGUGCUGCGGGAGCUGGAGGCGCAGCGAGCAGCCGACGCAGGCGCGCGGCUGCUGCGGGAGCACCGGGCCGCCGCGGAGGCCUUCUUGGCCGAGACGGCGGAGAGGGAGGGCGUGGUGGCGCUGCCCUCGGGGCUGCAGUACACGUUCUGGACCAGGGCGAGGGCAGGUCUCACCCCACCGUGAGCUCCAAGUGCGAGUGCCGCUACGUGGGCCGGCUGCUGGACGGCACGCGCUUCGACUCCUCCACCAAGGAGGAGGUCGAGGGCCCGCGGCUCAGCUCGGAGGGCGCCAUCAGAGGACGUCAUCCCGGCGUGGACGGAGGCCCUGCAGCUCAUGCCGAGGAGGCGACCGAUGGGAGCUCUACGUGCCGCCGGAGCUCGGGUACGGCGACGCGGGGCACCCGCCGAAGAUCCCGGGCGGGGCCGCCCUGGUCUUCGAGCUGGAGCUCUGCAAGAUCCGGGGCGGCCGGGUGCCCCGCGCGGAGGCCCCGCGGCAAGACGUGCCCGCGGCGGGCGGCGACGGCUGA